UUAAAAAGAAGUGUCAAGUACGUAACUGUCAAGGAGACGAAAUGAUUUUAUAUUUGAUUGUCAUUUUUGUUGUUAGCAUACGUGGAUCUAUCCAGCUAGAAUACGACUGUUUAUCUGACGGUUCGAUGAACAUUACAAAUCCGGAUGAAACAAGGUUCAAGUUUUUUGACAUGACAGUCAGCAUGGAUAAUAAUGGUUGCCAUGGAAACUUUUCUGAAGACUAUUCACAUCUUCUUCUGAAAGAUUGCACUAUGGGUGAACGUAUCAAUAUCGUGUUUCUUGGUGACAACUCCGGAAUCUUAAAGAAGGGGAACUAUGCUGGUCCCUACAAUAUAAUAUGCCAGCAGAUACCUCCGGGAGGAAUAGAAUUUGAGAUAAAAAGUAUACUCUUUGUAAGAGACAAUACCUCCAUACCAACGGAAACGGUCAAUAUUACCGGGUCGCUAAUCAUAACCAAACUGAGAGGUGUGCGAAAACUGGCUAUCCGAACGAUUGACGCAGGUCUCAAGUGGCUUGUGGAUGUCCCAGAACAUCUUCUUGACCUACUGUGUUUGAAAAGAGCAAAUUCUACAACUGAAAGUGCAACUUCUGCUUUUACAGACGACUUUACACCUGUACCAACAGUGGGAGACAUCGGCAAUACUGCUGAACCUAGCAUUGAUUUGAAUGAAAACGGAAUAACUAGUUCAAACAUGGAACAAGAGGUCGCAACCGAUGACGAAAGUCUUGCAGUUAGCUCUACACCAAUAAGACUUUCUACUGAGCGGCUACCCACUACCUUAGUAACAAGUCCCAGUAUUGAAGAUAUCACAGCUGUAUAUGCCGAAACAAGUGUUGUUCAGGUUGGACACCCGAAAGAACAGUAACGGCGACAUAACACCUUCGCAUUACACAUAGAACAUGCGCAACAAUGAAUUUAUAAUUUCAAACAUAGUAUAGAAUGGGCAAAGAUAGUGUGGAAAUAAGAUAUAUUCUCCCUACAAACUGAUCCUAGAAUACACCGUAAUUAUACGAAAGUGGUCAUCCAGCAUGAUGCUUUUAAGAUUCAUUAUUAUAUUCAGGAUUAUUAUAUUUAAGAUUUAUAUAUUCAAGAUUUAUAUAUUCAAGAUUUAUAUAUUGAAACUGUUUUAUGUAUAACAUCAGAACUUUAUGUAAACAUAUAUAGCAGUCA